GCUCUCGCCUUGCCUUCUCCAGCAGAUCAUAGCGAAACAACCACUUGAAGGGUGGAAGUAACAUCUUUGUUACCACGAAGAGCGAAGACACUACCGGCUUCUUCUCGUUUUCAAGCAUUACGAUUGCAGAACAACACGAGCGAAUAUCCGAUCCUCGUUCCCGUGUGUACAGCCUUCAAUCUCGAGGCACAAGCACAAAGAAGCGUCUCUUUAGUUCAGUUAUCGGAGACAAUGGCAUUCCAACUUGCAAUUCUUUUCGCUGUCCUUGGCUUAGCCUUGGCUUCGGCGUCUUGGAAUGAUUGUGAUGAUGGGAAAACACAAAUUUAUACCAGCCAGGCGAUCUCUGACUGGAUAGGUACGGAGAAACAUUGUCAAACAAAGGGUGCUCACCUUAUCAGCCAUGAACAGGCUCAAGCGUGCCACAGACACAUCACCAACCAGACAUAUGCCUACCCGGACGGGAGAUAUGUUAACAUCGGCUCCACAAGAUUGGUCGAUGCACCACACUUCCGUGCUGUUGGCAACAACUUGAAGGUUGAUAACUUUCUUCCUGUCCAUAUCGCUGAGCCUUAUUUUAAAAGAUACAACGUGUUAAGCUGUGCAAAAUCGACAGUGACUGGCAAUAGGAAGUCUUCUGUGUAUUGCCAACUCGAUGACCUCACCUGGUGGCACGGAGGACCAGAACGGUAUGCGCCAGGUCCAACCCAUUUCCCCAUGGUAUGCGCCCGCAAGAAAGGGGAGAGCCCCGUCAACUCCACUUGUGUCGCUAACGGACAGACCGGCAUCUACCUCUACCACACGAUUGCCUUCGGUUUCGAGCAUGCUCUAGAGGCCUGUAAACUGCACGGUGGCCGACCUAUUCUCUCCUUGGGCGACGAGAGAGCAUGCACAGUCAAGCUCCUGACCGAAUCCACAAUCCUGCGUGAUAACGAUGUGAGCGGCGUGGAACUGUUCACCAAUGAUACAACCCUCGAGUCGGGAAAGAGGUUCUGUCAGUACUUCAAGGUCUCCACCAACACCGUGGUCAGAUACGAAUGCAACUUGAACAAGCCAGUGGUUUGCGUCAGCUCUAAGGCACCAAGCGCCGAUAGUGGAGCAUUGCCAGAACCGUCCCUUGGAGUGGAAGAAGAUGCGGCACCAAGCACCGAUAGUGAAGCGCCCAUAGCAGAAGAAGUAUCUCAAUCCCAAGGCACAAGCGCAAAGGGGCCUCUCUUUAGUUCAGGUGUUGUGGAGUGCAAAGGAUAUCGACUGCAGUUGCACAGGGAAGAAAACACAUUUGACGUUUCUGCCAGUACCUGCGCUCAGAGCGGUAUGCGACUUUUCAGGCGCAAGUAUCGCAAAGCACUGAAGGAAUCCAAGUGUUUCCAGAAAUUACUGGGAACUAACCAGGGGCUUCUUGUCUGGAUGCGAGUAAAGAAGUCCAAGACAGCUACAAUGGAUCUCUCAACCGGAGAGGACGGGCCUGAGCAAUCCAGGGCUGCUUCCCUAUGUGUUCUGAAGCCAGCGAGGACAUAGACAGACAUGACCAAAGGAAGAGCUUCGUCCACUUUCAAUAAUGGAAAGGACAAGCAGCCUCAUUAGCUGAUAGCAGUUAGCAAACACUCUCUUCACACCAGGGGCAUGGUGUACAACGUGUCUGCGUGUGUGUGUGUGUGUAUGUGCACGCACAUGCGCGUGUGCACGCGUGUUUGCAUAUUUACAUAUGUGUGUGUUCGUAUCAAGUCCACUAUGGGUGCUGCUCUGACCUGAUUCAUUGCAAGUUAGCAUCACUUUGGGGUUGCAGUGUGCAUUGUCGGAAGUUAUGUGUAUUUUCAGACUAUAAUAUCAAGUGGGAUCUACAUAA